AUGUAUUUUAGGCUUAAAAGUUGGGAACUAUAUAUUGAAGCAUUAAAAACACCAAAAAUUCCAAAAAUUAUUGAAAAAAUUUCGAUGAUUACAAGAGGUAAAUAUAAUGGAAAGCAAUUGCUAAUGGAUAAAGCCCUGGAAAAUAAAGAUUUUGUUUAUUGAAAACCCAAAACUAAAACAGUUCAUGAAAUAUGAAAAAAAUCCAUAAAAAUGAAACUGUCAAAGCUUAAUUAA